GUGACUUUACCACCUACAACUACUAAUUCCUUUUCAGCGGAAGAAACAGAAGAAAAACACAAUAUAAAAAUGAUAAGGAAAAAGCAAGUAGUGCAUUGCCCUCAUGGUCCGUUUUUUCUGGUGAGAGGAGAAGUUCGAUAUAUCUCUAUUGGACGCUUUGGUGAUCCCAUCAUGGGACACUAUCAGGAAUUAAGCGAUGAACGCUUCAGAGUUCUCCCAUCGCAGGAGGCCCAAGAGAAAUGGGCCGUGGGAUGUUCCAUUACCCCAACGGUCCUCUGCAGGAUAAACUGCAGUGGGCAGAAUUACAACAACAGGCACGCG